AUGUCGCUGGUGUGGGAUAGGUGUCGGUGCUGCCAGUGGGCGCCACAGCCAAUAUGCAUCACAGACAUUGGAACUAAGGACGCGUAUCCUUCGUCGGAGGUGCCUGUGCAUCUCCCCCAUGAUGUCGUUAAUACUUCCGAUCAGUACCAUUCACAAGGAUUUACCCCUUUGGGUCCUUCUAAUUUUGUAGCGUACAAUAAUCCCACCACAUCAGCAACAGAGAAGGCGGCACAGAUCUCCCAGGAGUUAAAUCAUCUGCUUUCAUCGAAUUUCGACUACGUAGGGCACCACUCCCAAACGUCUUCUGAAGUAGCUAACGCCGCUUUUUCACCCUUGGAUGAAGUUUCUGGUAGGAGGAGUAACUUCAGAACUGCAUCCCACCUCUCUCUUCCCAACAGCUGGGAGGGAAAUGGGUUUACCUCGCCUUCUGCCAGUUCUAUCCUUAUUCGAGAAUUACAGCAACGCAAUGUGGAGCUGGCAGCCCUGCUAGAGCAGAGGAAUGAGAAGCAUGAUAGGGCGGUAGCAAUGAUGUCGUCGCUACGCGACCAGCUGCAUCGACUGCAGCUCUCAAAGGAGGAAGAGAAACGCGCCCUCGAAGUCUCAACCCAACGCGAGUUGGCCAAGGCUAGGGACCAGGUGCGAGCGCAUUCGCAGACGGUGGGUGCGCUGGUGGCGGAGAAGACAGAAUUGGAGGCUAAGCUGGCGCACAUGGAGCGGGCGACGGAGGCGCGGUGUCAGGAAGUUCAAUCUCUCACCUACAGUCGCAAUGAAGCGCGCGCCAAACUAAGAGAGGCUGAGGACGCGCUUCAACUGGCCAAAAGCGCCUCCUCUCACAGCGAGGCGGCGAAAGACGAGGCCCUGCGCCAGUUGGAGCAGUGGCGUGUUGAAACGAAACGGGAGAAGGACCUUCGAAAACGCCUUGAGGUGGAGGUGAAGACUCGCGAGGAGAAGCUCGUUCGUCUAGCGUCUGAUAUGAAACAAGUCACUCUCUCUAAUGAUGAUCUCCGCAGGCAACUGGAUGUCGCCAUGGCCUUUUCAAAAUCUGGUGUUGCACCCACCCCCAAGCCUGGUACACCAGCAGCGACCCUUGCCCAGUCGAAAUCUCCCUCCACAGUGCCCUGCACUCGUUGCGAGUCUCUUCGAUCUCGCAUCCACGAUUUGGAAACCACGGAGGUGCAUACUUCGGCGGAAAAGGCCCGCCUGGAAUCGCAGUACAAGGCCUAUGUGGCGGAUAUGGAAACGCAGGUUGCCAAUCUCCGCACCCAAAUGGAGAAGUCGAACACAAAAGCCGAGGGUUUGCAGCAGACUCUGGAGGAUCUACGACGCCAGCUCACGAUCAAAGAGAGCGAACUCACGGACGCUGUGAGUGAAGUAGAGCGUUUGCGAACGAAGCAGGCGAUUCGGGGCGCUGCUGCUGCUGCUAAUUCGACGGACACAAAAGUGACUGCAGCCACCGUCGCGACGUUGGAAUCAUCGACUGAAAGGACUCCGCUAAGCGAGGCGGAGGUCAAACAAUCCGUCUUCUACAAGGAUCUCGAGUUAACAACUGAUGCUUUGAGAAACAAGGUGAACGAGUUGUCGGAGCGGCUGAGUGAGACCAUGGAGGCUCUUUCUUUGGCUGAGGGGCGAGUGGCGGAUCGAGAGGCGGUACUCGCUACCGCUACUUCUGAACGCACCGCUCUAAGCCGUGCCAUGGAGCAGAAUGCCGUUUUGAAGGAUCGCCUCAUCCACCUACAGGACGCUCUCGACAUUGCUAAAGAGGCUAACAAGGAGGCGGAGGCCCAGCUGGCGGAACUUCGUUCCCGGGCAGUAGAGACCCAUACCCAGCGCUCAGAAUGUGAACCUUUGAAGGCGCAAAUACCCACCCCUGACACCAAGACGGCCUCUACGAUGACAUCUGAAGAGGAGUCAGAUAGGAAAUAUUCAGAAAUGGGGGCAGAGAGGAGGACUCUUGACGAAGCUCGUUCAAAGGUGGAUGAAUGA